UGACCUCAUAUUUCAGAAAAGAGGAAAGAGACGAUGCGGAGAUUCGUGGCGGAACGCGCAAGAAAGUUGAUCACAUCCACAUCUUCUUCUUCUUCUUCUUCCUGUAUCACUCAAACUAGCAAUAAUCCAAAAAUAAUCACAAAUCCAUUCUUAUCAAAUACUAGAUACAGUAAUUAUUCAACAGCCAUGUCUUUUCCUAAUUCAGUAACCAUUGAUUCUAUUAAUCCCAAGGUUCUGCAAUGUGAGUAUGCUGUUCGUGGAGCCAUUGUCAAUCAAGCACAGAAGUUGCAAGAGGAGAUAAAAGAAAACCCGGGAUCUCAUCCUUUUGAUGAGAUACUUUACUGUAAUAUUGGAAAUCCUCAAUCUCUUGGCCAGCAGCCAAUUACCUUCUUCAGAGAGGUUCUUGCAUUGUGCAAUCAUCCGGUCAUUUUGGAUAAAAGUGAAACACAAGGCUUGUUCAGUGCUGAUUCAAUAGAGCGAGCUUGGCAAAUUCUAGAUCAGAUGCCAGGAAGAGCAACCGGAGCUUACAGUCACAGUCAGGGUGUUAAGUGCUUACGUGAUGCUGUGGCAGCUGGAAUUGCUGCUCGGGAUGGUUUCCCUGCUGAUCCAAAUGACAUAUUUCUCACUGAUGGUGCAAGCCCUGCAGUUCAUAUGAUGAUGCAAUUAUUGAUAAGCUCAGAGAAAGACGGUGUUCUUUGCCCCAUCCCUCAGUACCCUUUGUACUCUGCCUCAAUUGCGCUGCAUGGUGGUUCUCUUGUGCCUUACUAUCUCGAUGAGGCUACCGGUUGGGGAUUGGAAGUUUCUGAACUUAAGAAACAGUUGGAAGAUGCCAAAUCAAAAGGCAUCACCGUUCGAUCCUUGGUAGUGAUAAAUCCAGGAAAUCCAACUGGUCAGGUUCUAGCAGAGGAAAACCAGCGGGCAAUUGUGGAAUUCUGUAAGAAGGAAAAUUUGGUUCUUCUAGCAGAUGAGGUCUACCAAGAAAAUGUUUAUGUUGAGGACAAGAGUUUCCACUCAUUCAAGAAGGUUGCUAGGUCAAUGGGAUAUGGCGAGAAGGACAUCUCAUUAGUAUCUUUCCAGUCUGUUUCUAAAGGUUAUCACGGUGAGUGCGGAAAGAGAGGUGGUUAUAUGGAGGUUACUGGUUUCAGUCCUGAAGUGAGAGAGCAGAUUUACAAAGUAGCAUCAGUAAACCUUUGUUCAAACAUCUCUGGACAAAUUCUUGCAAGUCUUGUGAUGAACCCACCAAAGGUUGGGGAUGAAUCUUUUGAAUCUUAUUCAGCUGAGAAAAAUGGAAUUUUAUCUUCUCUAGCCAGACGUGCCAAGGCACUAGAAGAUGCAUUCAAUAGCUUAGAAGGUGUCACAUGCAACAAAGCUGAAGGAGCAAUGUAUUUGUUCCCACGUAUUCACCUCUCUCAAAAAGCAAUCAAGGCUGCAGAAUCCGCAAAGACAGCCCCAGAUGCAUUUUAUGCAAAACGCCUCCUAGAAGCUACUGGUAUUGUUGUAGUACCUGGAUCUGGCUUUGGACAGGUUCCCGGCACAUGGCACAUUAGAUGCACAAUUCUACCUCAAGAAGAAAAGAUCCCCGCUAUCAUCACACGGUUGACAGACUUCCACCAAGCUUUCAUGGCUGAGUUCCGUGAUUGAGGAGUUUUCUCUCCCAUCCCAUAAACAUAAAACAUAUAUCCGCAAGCCAUCAUCAUGGUCAUAAUAAAGUGAAACCCAUCCAUUUUAGUUUUAUAGAUGGAAACUUAGAUAACAGUUAAUAGAGGUUUUGAAUUUUGUUUAUGCUGCGGCGUGCUUGUAUCUGAACAUCAAAACAUUUAAAUUUCAUAGAAUGGGCAGUGGGUUAAAUUAUGUAAUUUAAAAGCUUUACAUCUCUUAAGUUUCAUCAUUUCCUGCAGCCUUCUUAAGUUAAAUUGUGUAAUUUAAAGUUUUAAACAUGUAAUUAAAAGGAGGUUUUACCUAUUUCCUAU